AUGGCCGCCCAGGGAAUACGUCCUUGCGUCAUCAGCAGACAGUUACGUGUGUCCCACGGUUGCGUCAGCAAAAUACUGCAGAGGUACCAGGAGACGGGCAGCAUCAGGCCGGGAGUGAUCGGGGGAAGCAAACCAAGGGUAGCCACGCCAGACGUCGAGAAGUCGAUCGAGAACUACAAGAAGGACAAUCCAAGUAUUUUCAGUUGGGAAAUCAGGGAUAGAUUGUUAAAGGAGGGUUUGUGUGAUAGGAACUCUGUCCCGAGUGUGAGUUCGAUUUCGCGGGUGUUACGCGGGAGAGGGAGGCUUAGUGCAGAGGAUGAGGCAGAGGAGGAGCGGGUUCGAAUCAAGGAGGAAGAGCAGGAGCAGGUCCAGCGAGAGGAGAAGCGAGUGACGAUGAAGUAUUCUAUCGAUGCUAUACUUGGACUUGACCAGAAAAGAAAAGAAGAACCACCGCCAGAGGCAGACGACAUGUCAGACGAAGCAGACGACGACGACGACGAAGAGGUCGACAGCAGCUCCCCCUUAUACCUACAAAUCAAACGAAAACAACGGCGAAGUCGGACAACAUUCAACGUAGAGCAGCUGCAGGAGUUAGAAAAGGCUUUCGAGAGGACGCACUACCCUGAUAUCUACACCAGAGAGGAAUUGGCGCAACGGACGAAGUUGACCGAGGCCCGAGUGCAGGUUUGGUUCAGCAACCGGCGAGCAAGAUGGCGGAAACAGAUGGGAUGCGGGCAGGCGUCGCUGUACAGUUGGUUGCCUGGGACGCCGUUCUUUCCGCUGCCGAUUACUUCUAUGCAGAACCAUCUCAUGGCAAAUGAACUCCGUAUGUGUCUGCCGACGAACAGUACUGCCCAAAUGAAGCUUCCCUCGUCCAGUCCGGGUCACCCAAAGCUUUCGCCGUCCUUGCGGUCAUAACAUACGAAUACACAACAAUCCAUGGAAUAGAGACUUUGGUUCCAAUGUUCUCCAUGCAAACGUUUAGUCUGGUCAUUUCGCAUGUAGUCCCACCUUGGCUCAUCGGAUGCAACACUAGUCAGUGGUAGGCCUACACUUGUUGACAAUGUGCCCACUCACUAGCAUUUCAGGGUACAAUGUUCCACUCGAGAAUUGAAAACAAACACUGGCAAUGACACUGAACUGAAGAGAUGGACAAAAUGAUGUAUUUGGAGUGUGGCAUUGACAUUUACUAUGCAAAGACUAGUCAAUCACCAAUGUGUAUAUCAUAUGCAAUACUUCGUAUACACUGAAUCUCUAAUGUAA